GAAUGUCAAGCAUCUGGACUGCCUGAGUACAUAAAAAUUGUAGAAGUUGGGCCAAGGGAUGGAUUACAAAAUGAAAAGGUGAUAGUCCCCGCUGAUAUCAAAAUAGAGUUAAUCAACCGGCUUUCCAAAACAGGCCUGCCUGCAAUAGAAGUGACCAGUUUUGUUUCAUCCAAAUGGGUGCCUCAGAUGGCAGAUCACAAAGAAGUAAUGAGGGGCAUUGAGCGCCAUCCUGGAGUCCAGUAUCCUGUUCUCACACCAAAUCUUCAAGGUUUCCAUUCUGCUGUAAGUGCCUUCAUAGAAGAUGUCUUUCAUGCUUCAGACACUUUCAGUUCA